AUGACACAACCCCUAUCGAUUCGCUGCAACCGCGCCGACCCGCGAUGUGACAAAUGCGCCGCUGCAGGAGCUCAAUGCGCCUAUCUGCCUAGAAAACAACGCACCAUCAAGCGAAGAGCACUCCACGACAGAGACAUCCUGCAGGAAAUCCUCCGAAGAUUAGAUCGCCUCGAAGACCACUGUCGACUGAGCCAGAAUGUCACUGAUGAGGCCGAGAGUCACCGUUCGAUGUCCGUGGAAUCUGAGACGAUUUCAUCCUCCGAGUCCUCAGCGACCGACUCGCCUGCCAGUGCUCAGUCGCCCACUGGGCAAGCCAUAGUGCAGGGCCUGCUGGCUCGCGUCAAGGACGAUCACAUCCGGUCUCGUCUUCGGUCCCACGUCUUCUGCGCUAUCGACAAGAUCGGGUCGCGCUUCUUCGAAAACCCCCGCUGCAUGAGGGCGAUGGAUGCUGCCAUCGCGGGAAUCGAGCAGCUCGAGCCAACUCCGCUGGAUGCCAGUCCACCCGUGAUCCCCAAGGAGACCGUGAAGAAAUGGAUCAAUCAAUACUUCAACAACUACCAGUUCGAAGGCUUUCGGAUCCCCCUAGAGAAAGAUUUCGUGCUCGCCAUGCCCGAUCUGAUCGACAGUCCCCACGUCCAGCUCGACGCGACCUCCCAGAUCAUCUACUACAAUGUGCUCUUCCAGUCGUUCAUGCUGGAUAGCGAAGAAGUAGAAGGGAGGGGUCGGACGGUCCAGGCGCUGUGUAGCACAUGUCUGAAGCUAGCGGAGGACUGGCUCGGCCGGAUGCAGAAUACAACUGCCGAUCUAUUUGCGGCGUUCAUGAUGAUGUCCAUGACGCUGGAGAGCUGCGAGAGCGAUCUCUCGUGGAAGAUCUUCAAGGCAGCCUGUCCUGUUGCGCGCGCUCUUGGCUACUUCUCCGUGGACGAGGAUCGCCAUCAUCCCGACCGAAGACCUUCACUGGCAGGAGACUCGCAACAUGAGGAGAUCGAGCGCAAUCGCAUGCGAUUCGAGUUCUGGCACAUCCUCCGCACCGAAAGCCACUUCCGACUCUCCUUUGGCAAGCCCCCGAUCAUCUCGGGGGGAUCCUGGGCCGUCAACUUCCCCGAUCCCACCAUCACCGGCGUGGAUCAUGAAUCGACUCGUUUCAUACAGAUUCACUUCCUAGCAUCCAUGCGGCUGACCAUCGUGACGAUGCGAUACUUGGAUAUAAUGGCAACCAACCCCGACCCCCACACGGCCGAGUACAACGACACCAUGGAUGGGCUGAUCGCCGAAGUGCAGAAGAUCAUGUCCGAUUGGAAUCCGGAGGAGCUACUGAGCUCGACCACCAACCGCAUUGACACGUGGUUCUGCGUGGAUAUCCUCUUCAGCAGCUACAAGAUGCUUAUCGUGUUUUACCAAUCCAAGCCGUCUCAUCGAGAUAGUCAUCGGCUGCCAUAUCACACGGUGGAUAUCGCCCGGAAGAGUUUACUGAUGUCGCGGUCGCUCAUGGAGGCGACGCCGCGCCCGUACUGGGGCAUCAGUCUCAUCCUGCUUCACCAGUCCAUUCCGCUCUUCGUUCUUUGCUACGACAUUCUCGGAUGCUACGAGCGCGAUGACAUCGCAGCAGAUGUCGACUUAAUAACGUGGUUCGACGACUACGUCGAAGUCGCGUCCAAGGACCGCGCGGAGCUCAAAGCCAUAAGCUUAGUGGUGAGAGAGAUGACACGAGCCUGCGAGGAGAUCGUGGGGCAUUAG